AAGGUAUGCAGAGGGACUUAGGGGGUUACAUGGGUUUCACGGCUUCAAAAAAUCGAUUUUUUUAUUGUCUUUUUUCACUCUAUAACGUCUCUAGAAUAUUAGCCUAAUUGCUCUAGUUGAUCCGAGUAAUAGUUUUGGUGAUACAGAUUAAAAGCGUUUUUCUGAAAUCUGUGCUUUCAAAAUCGGCUGUCAAGAUUUCUUCCGAACCAAUCAACCAAUUUUUAUAAAAUGUUACGCAAAACUUCGAGAUAUAAUUUACAAGGUCUUGAACGAAGCAUUUUUUUUCUUUUUGUUCAGUUACAACACACACUCUCGAAAUAUUUUUAUAUAUAAAUCUUUGGAAUAAUAAAACAUUUGAACAAAAUUUUUUAUUUUUUAUUUGAAAAAAAAAACUAUUGAAAAUAUGCCUUUUUUUGAUCGAGGAAACCCAGUAACCUCUUAAAUCGAAGUGUCAUGCGUACAAACUCUGCUCUUCUCUCUUUCAUUUCUUUCGUAUACUUUAUAAAGAGGUGUGGAAUUCGCGCGCUCAAAUUCAUUUUUCCGGUCUUACAAGUAUAAUUUGAAAUUUCAUAAGCUCUCAUAAUUUUUCAUAAGUUAUAGAUACAGGGCUAGAAUACCAGAUUUAUAAGCUCUAUAAAUUUUAUAUUUUUCGUAUGUUAUAAAUAGAGAAUUGGAAGUAAAGUGGCGAGCUUUUUAGAAUAGUUGCUCAAUUUUUCUAAGGUAUAGAUCAAAAGUCAUAUCACCGGUAGUUGGCGCUAAGCUCAUAAAGUUUAUAAAGCUCAUAUUUAUAGCACAAUUUGCUUCAAACUUGAAAAGUAAAAAAUAUAUAUAAAGGAAUUUGUUUCGAAAGAGGAACUAAAGACAAAUUUCUUGAAUACUCAUAGUUAGAAAUUUUUCGCGACAGAAAAUAGCGAUUUCUGCAAUAAAAUGAAUACAAGUCGCCUGUUUGAUUUGAGUUUAUGUAUUCUAGUCAAUUCUCAUAAAAAAAAAAUAAACAAAACCAAUGUAAAUGUAGAGAUGACCUUACAGCGAAAUUUAUUACACGAUUAUGACACAACGCUAAAAAUUUUCCAUUAAACCACUAAUUCGACUGUGGCAUCACGCCAUUCAUUGCAUGCGAUUUUCUUGUCGCUUCCUUAUCUAUUGAGAUUUGAUUCGUUCGAUUAGAGUGGAGUAUGUAAAUUGCGAUGCGUUGCAUGCAACUGACGAGGACGCUCGUUAAUAUCAUACGGCACUAUAAAUUGUGCAACAAAGCGCACGACUGGUUGCAUUCAACAAAUCACAUUGUAAACACGCUUAACGCCAACGCGGUGAACACAAAAUCGCAAUUUCUUCAACGCCAAGACAAUAAUUCGCAUACGUACCAAGAUUCUUCUUAAAAGCGCAAAACUGUGAAGUUUUUAUUGUCGCAACAAUGAAAGCAUUCGCGAAUUUGUGCAUUGCCAUCGCAGUGAUUUCGAUUAUUGCUUGCCUCGAUGGCGCUGAAGGAUAUACCAGGCGCGGCGGUGCGCGCGGCUUCCGGCAGGACGAUGUGCCGCAAGAGUUCAACUCAAGGGCACGUCGCGCCGCAGCGGACGAAGCUCCAGAAGAUGCGCCGCAAGCACUCAGGCAGAGGUUCCGUCGCGCUGCUGAAAAAUCUCGGGAUGACGUACCUGGAGAGGCGCCGCAGGAGCUCAACGCAAGGGCACGUCGCGCCGCAGACGAAGUACCCGAAGAUGCGCCACAAGGACUAAACGAGAGAUUCCGUCGCGAUGCUGUAAAAACUGUGGAUGAUGCACCUGGCGAAGUGCCACAAGAGCUGGACCAGCAUGAUAGGUUCCGUCGGUCCCCAAAAACAAUGCCUGAUGAAGUACCAAAAGAUGCACCGCAAGAACUGUAUCACCUAAGCGACCGACAACGUCGCUCACCACAAAUGCCGCCAAUGCCUCCAAUGCCACCACAAAUGCCUAGCCCGGAUGGCAUACCAAUGCCACCACCACCACCGAUGCAAUCUUAAAGGCGUUAUUCGAGGGUAUACAGAUAUCUUUUGACAACAAAUUUGCUAAUACACGAAAAUUUUACGAGAGACAGAGAGCAGCCGAAUGAUUUAAAAACUUUGUAUAAUAUUAAUAAAAAAUUGUUACUUGCAUUGCUUUAA